CAGUAUUUUUGCCAAACGCAGAUUCCCUCGAAGAAAAGCAAAACGCAGAAUCGUCUUCAAUCUCCUGCGUUAUUUUGCAUCGCCGUAGUAGAAUUUCGGGACUUUUCCAAAUGUUAUUUCUAAGCGCCAGGGGCCCGUCGUAACCUCCGUUUAAAUCGUGAGCGCGGACUACAGAAGGCCUUGACAAAGAUCAGACGAUGGCCACGCCGAGCAAGACGCCCCCCGGAGCUGACCCAAAGCAGCUCGAGCGGACUGGUACCGUCCGAGAAAUCGGCUCACAGGCGGUGUGGUCGCUGUCCUCCUGCAAACCGGGAUUCGGCGUGGACCAGCUGAGGGACGACAACCUGGAAACGUACUGGCAGUCGGACGGAUCCCAACCGCAUCUGGUCAACAUCCAGUUUAGAAGGAGGACCACGGUGAAGAUGUUGUGCAUCUACGCUGAUUACAAGUCAGAUGAAAGCUACACGCCUAGCAAGAUUUCCGUCAGAGUGGGGAACAAUUUCCAUGACCUGCAUGAAGUCAGGGUGAGAAAGUCCAUACCAGAAACCCACACGUCAAACCUAAAAUUAUCUUUGAAGUCAUACCUGAUGUGGUUGUCGUCCGUUUGCUUUUCUUGGUGUUGGUGCGUGCAGCAGUUGGAGAUGGUGGAGCCCAGCGGCUGGAUUCACGUGUCACUUCUGAACCAGCGGAGCAACGAGCCCGUCCGGACCUUCAUGAUCCAGAUCGCCGUGCUGGCCAACCACCAGAACGGCCGGGACACGCACAUGCGGCAGAUCAAAGUGUACACACCGGUGCAGGAGAGCUCCGUGGGCAAGUUCCCACCGUGCACCACUGUCGACUUCAUGAUGUACCGAACCAUCAGGUGAUAGGCGGACGCACCUUUUGCUCCCGUGAUUUUUUUUUUUGUAAUUUGUAUUUUUUUUACCAGAGCCUCUUUUGUCGAUACCCAAAUAAAUCUCUUCUUAACCUCG